CAAACCAUUCUCCGGUCGCACGCACACACACACACACUAUCUCAUCAGAAACUUCCAAACCAGCCAGUUGCAAUCUUUAUUCAUUCGGUUUCCUUAUCCUCUUCAUCCAACGAACCAUAAUCAUGUUAAUACAAUUUGGAUAUGUUUCGUUGUUUCCACGUCAUGCUUUUCGUGACUAGGCUCCGCGUCACCUCAAGGUAGCAGACUAGCAGCAUCUUUAUCUCCUCCUCGUUCCACAUCCCAAUGCCCCACUUCCUCCCUCCCAUUCAUUCUCACUUUCAGAAGGAAAUUUUGUUGCUUCGAUUUUUGUUCCAGAAUCGACCAAUUUCAUUUCUAGGGUUCCUUCAAAAUUGUUUCUUUCUUACAAAUUCCAGGUGGGCAUCUCUCAUUUCUUCUUGGCUCCCUUCAACUUGGAACAAAAAUAAUCACUUUUUCAGCUUCCAAACCAACCAUUGAAGACACUUUUUUAGUUCUGUUGUUUUGAUUUAGUUUAUAGAAGCUUUGGAGUUCAAAUCCUAGUAGUGUAAAUGCAUAUUUGUAAAUCUUUCUACAAUUGAUUCUGAAAUCCAAAUCAAUUUUGGGGAGAAGAUUCUGUUAGUUGAAUUGCUUUUAUAUUCUACAACUCAUUCUGAGGAUAAAAAAGUUGAUUCACACAUAAUAGAUAUAGAUCAUUUCCAUUGCUUGAAAAAUACAGCUCUUUGAUACUGCCCUUGAAAAUACAACUCUCUUGUAGAUUGUUUAAUCCUAGAGUUUGUAGUUUUGCCCUGUGAGAAAAGGGUUAGAUUGUGUCAAGGUAGAAUGGAUCAUAUUAGUAAUGAGGCUAGUGUUGACCGUUUUCCAAUUGGCCCAUCAGACAUUCUUGGACGCACAAUUGCUUUCAGGGUUCUAUUCUGCAAGUCCAUGUCUCAUUUGAGGCAUCAGCUGUUUCAUGUCUUGUUGGUUCUGUUCUAUAGGUCUAGGGGGAUUUUGUCAUCCUUUUUAUCAUGGUUUCAUCCGAGGAACCCACAGGGGAUAUUGGCAAUGAUGACUAUAGUUGCUUUCUUGUUGAAACGGUACACGAAUGUAAAGGUGAGGGCUGAGAUGGCUUAUAGGAGGAAAUUCUGGAGAAACAUGAUGAGAUCUGCUUUGACCUAUGAGGAGUGGGCUCAUGGAGCUAAGAUGCUUGAUAAAGAGACACCAAAGAUGAAUGAGUCUGACCUUUAUGACGUGGAAUUGGUGAGGAACAAGCUUCAAGAGCUUCGGCAUCGUCGACAAGAGGGAUCUCUUAGAGAUAUUAUGUUUUGUAUGCGUGCUGAUCUUGUUAGAAAUCUAGGUAAUAUGUGUAACCCUGAACUGCACAAGGGUAGGCUUCAAGUCCCCAGGUUAAUCAAGGAGUACAUUGAUGAAGUGUCAACCCAAUUGAGGAUGGUCUGUGACUCUGAUUCACAGGAGCUAUUACUGGAAGAAAAGCUUGCUUUCAUGCAUGAAACUAGACAUGCAUUUGGGAGGACAGCUUUGCUGUUAAGUGGGGGUGCUUCUCUUGGAGCUUCUCAUGUAGGCGUGGUUAAAACACUGGUAGAACAUAAACUCUUGCCUAGGGUAAUUGCUGGUUCAAGUGUGGGAUCCAUAAUGUGUGCUGUUGUUGCUACUAGGUCUUGGCCUGAGCUUCAGAGUUUCUUUGAAGACUCAUGGCACUCAAUGCAAUUUUUCGAUCAAAUGGGAGGGAUUUUCACAGUUGUGAAGAGGGUCGCAACACGUGGUGCUGUUCAUGAGAUCAGACAGUUGCAAAUUAUGUUGAGGCAUCUGACAAACAACCUUACAUUUCAAGAAGCUUAUGACAUGACAGGUAGAGUUCUUGGGAUUACAGUUUGCUCCCCAAGGAAGCAUGAACCUCCGAGAUGUCUUAAUUACUUGACCUCACCCCAUGUGGUUAUAUGGAGUGCAGUCACCGCUUCUUGCGCCUUUCCUGGCCUUUUUGAAGCUCAGGAAUUGAUGGCAAAGAAUAGAAGUGGAGAGAUUGUUCCUUACCAUCCCCCUUUUAAUCUGGGUCCUGAGGAAGGCUCCACACCAGCUCGUCGGUGGAGGGAUGGUAGCUUGGAAAUUGAUUUGCCUAUGAUGCAGUUGAAAGAGCUAUUCAAUGUCAAUCAUUUUAUAGUCAGCCAGGCCAAUCCUCAUAUUGCACCAUUAUUGAGAUUGAAAGAAUUUAUACGAAAUUAUGGAGGCAAUUUCGCUGCCAAGCUUGCUCAACUUGUAGAGAUGGAGGUGAAACAUCGAUGUAAUCAGAUACUGGAACUUGGCUUUCCUCUAGGUGGACUUGCGAAGCUGUUUGCUCAAGAAUGGGAAGGUGAUGUGACUGUUGUUAUUCCUGCAACCCUUGCUCAGUACACAAAAAUUAUACAGAACCCUUCAUAUGGGGAGCUUCAAAAGGCAGCCAACCAAGGGAGAAGAUGCACCUGGGAGAAGCUUUCAGCCAUAAAAGCAAACUGUGAAAUUGAGCUUGCUCUUGAUGAAUGUGUGACGAUUCUCAAUCAUAUGAGAAGACUAAAAAGGAAUGCUGAGAGAGCUGCUUCUACUUCUCAUGGUUUGUCCAGCACUUACAAAUUCAGUGCUUCUAGAAGAAUUCCCUCAUGGAAUUGCAUUGCAAGAGAGAAUUCCUCAGGCUCCCUUGAAGACCUUACAGAAGCUGUUUCCUCAUUGCAUCAAGGCAUCGGCAGUUCCAAUGGAGCCAAUGGGAAAACUUGGAAGAGCCCCCGUGGCAUGCAUGAGGGGGGUGACAGUGACUCUGAAAGUGUUGAUCUGACUCCUUGGACCAGAUCUGGUGGACCUCUGAUGAGAACUGCUUCAGCAAAUGUUUUCACUGACUUUCUCCAAAACUUGGAGGCUGAUAAUGAACUACAUAGAGGCUCAGUGGCUCAUCUUAACUCUCAUGCAAAUAUGUUCACAGACUCUGAGCAGAGGGAAAUUGGCAACAGGGUUGUUACUGGGUCUAGUAUUCUGGUAACUGAAGGUGAUCUUUUGCAGCCUGAAAGGAUCCAUAAUGGGAUUGUGUUUAAUGUUGUCAAGAAAGAAGGAUUAAGACCUUCAAAUAGGAGUCAUGAUUUUGGAAAUUACAGUAAUGAAGUUGCUGAAUGUGUCCAGAUUGACUGUCCAGAGAAGGAGAUGGAUGCUGCUAGCUCAGCUUCUGAACAUGAAGAUGAUGAAUCCACACCAGCUAGGCUCCUCACUGAAACACCAGACUAUAAUUCCAUGGACAAUGCUGGCUCAGAUGAUAGUUAGUUUUAAAGAUAAUUUUUUCCAGUGGUUUUUUUUAAAUAUUUUGUUGUAUUGAUUUCCCCAUUGUAAAUAGUAAGAAAUCUGGUCUUGGAGGGUCUCUAUUCUUGAUUUGAUUGCCAUAAUCCACCAUUUGGUUUACUCAUAAAUGUAAUUAAACAGAGAAAGGGAGUUUACACUUCCACGACCAUUUGAUGUCUUGGCUGCCCCUUCUGCAGAUGAAUGAAAUUGAUAUGGUGUUCAUGAUAGUGAACAUGAUUUGAUCAAA